CGGGUCUGAAGCAGAAACCUCUGUGCCUUAAGGAGGGAGAGCUCCUCUGCGUUCCCAUCAUGCUCUGGGCCUGCCUCUUCCUCACUUAUUUCUCAGGUAGGAGAGAAAAAGUGUGUUUUCUUUCUUUCUUCUGAGCGACAGACCAAAGAGGAGUCUAACAUAUCCUGAGAUAAUUUUUCUCUUUCUCUUUCAGGAUCUUUGGCCCAGUAUGUGUUGACGCAGCCCCCAUCAGUGUCCGUGUCUCUGGGACAAGAUGUCCAGAUCCCUUGUUCCGGGAGCAACAUUGGUGGGAAGAGUGUACACUGGUACCAGCAGAAACCCAGCCAGGCCCCUGUACUGAUAAUAUAUGCAGACAAUCAGAGACCCACUGGGAUCUCGGACCGAUUCUCUGGCACCAACUCCGGCAACCCAGCCACACUGAGCAUUGCCAGAGCCCAAGCAGAGGAUGAGGCCGAUUAUUACUGUCAGGUGCGGGACAGCAACACACCUCACAGUGACACAGGCAGAUGGGGAAGUGCGACAAAAACCUCUUGCUGAAAAAGGCAGCUGCUAUCAUACUCUGUCUUCAGAAGAGCGACCUUCCAGUGGAAUUUAAUUUUCAUGAAAAGAGGCUUAUUCUCACCUCCAAACCCCCCCUUCCCUAGAAUUACACUUGCUGUUGCCCCUCGCUCCCUCAUUUAAUGAGGGGAAGCAAAUGAAGGGGGUUCACUGAGGUAGAGAAUUUAGCAUAGACUUCAAGUGUGCAUCGGAAAUAGACAGCAGGUCUAUGCUGGGCCACAGAGAGGCUUAUUUUGUCAUUAUUUAGAGCAUUUGUACCCUGCUCUUUGGUCAAAGAGGCUCCCAGAGUGGCUUACAUACAAGCAAUUGAAACCAGACACUCCUUCCCCAUAGGGUAUAAGCUCAGGAAAACCACGACACACAAGGCGAAAGGAACAGGGAGGGCAGAGGAAAAUAUACAUCCAACUCAGGCACCAAUGUCUAAACAGUUGUGCCUAUAAUGACCAGCUGGCCUAGUUUGGGGGCAGGAAGGAACUGAUGGAGUUGGACUUCCAGCAAAGCUGACGAAAUGAGCCUUGUUUGCUACUUCUCUCACUGAGGCAAAUCUGAUGGGAUGGCUGCCCCCCCUCCCAGUUGAGCUGGCCUCUCAUUUCAAACUGCUGUUCUCUGGCUACGUUGGGCACCACUUAUCCUCCGUGUCUGAUCCCUUAACUACAUCUCAGUGCUCAUAAACGCCACACUUUAACUCUGUGUUAACCUCCAUUCGUCUGUCCUUUUUAAAAAAUUAUUUAUUUGGUUUUUCAGAUUAAAAAUUUUUAGUCACAUAUCCAACAUACAACAUAAAAACAAGAUUCCAAUGAAUCUCCUGGACUUCCCUCCUCCUCUUUGUGGGUCCUAUUGUUAAUCAUUUCCUCCUGCAUCUUUUAUAAUAAUCCAAAUAUUUUACCUCUCCAUUGUCCAAAAUUCAUCAAUGAACUACAAGUGAUAUUCUGAUCGUACUAAUGAUUUUAACUGUUUACAAUGGACUUUAAGAUAAGUUAUAAAUUUCCCCCCUCAUUGAAAUUUUGAUUUUCCUGAUUUCUGAUUCUUCUAGUUACUUUAGCUAUUUCAGCAUAAUCCAUCAACUUGAUCUGCCAUUCUUCUCUGGUCAGGACUUUUGUCUGUCAUGAUCUCCAACCCACAUGGACUUCAGAUGACGUAUUGGGAAAGGGGGCGAAAUUAAGUACCCUAAACCAUCAUGGUGUUUCAAUAAACAUCUCUAGAGGGUGCUGGCAGACUUGGUAAGAUCCACUCUGUGCAACCAGGCAGAGGGGGCUGAAAUAGCAUGCUGCUGGAGAGCACUAACCACAUCCUCCUCUUUCUCACAUGAUACGCUGCCACCACAUAUCCCUUGGGACAGAUUAUGCAUUGGGGAACUGCUCUGGUCAAUGCUUUGUUGCUUCGAGAAAACAAGAGUUUAAAACAGGAACACGGGAAGCUGCCUUAUACAGUGGUACCUCGGGUUACAGACGCUUCAGGUUACGUGUUUUCGGGUUUCGCACAGAACCAAACCCGGAAGUACCGGAAUGGGUUACUUCCGGGUUUGGGCGCUCGCGCAUGCAUGGAAGCCCUAAUUCGUGCUUUUCGCUUGUGCAGAAGCGCCGAAUCAUGACCUGUGCAUGCUCAGACGCGCCACUGCGGGUUGCGAACGAUGCAGGUUGCAAACGUGCCCCCCGCACGGAUCACGUUCGCAACCCGAGGUUCCACUGUACUCAGUCCAAUCAUUGGUUCAUCGAGUUCAGUGCUGCCUCCACUGACUGGCAAUAGACAUAAGAGAAUAUCACCAAGGUAACUGCCAACAAACAACAAACGUAUUUUUAAUUUUAAAUGUCCUUAUUCUACUUGCUGAUUCAGUGCAAUUCUGUUACAGUAGUUUUUGACAGCGAUGAAGCGUGGGUGGAGACUGCCUCUCCAUCCUGACCCUUCCAGGGUGGAGGAAGACCGUAUAGAUCUAGAACAGGGGUUUGAGGGAAGUCACAACUCAGAGGCAGAUGAGGAGGAAAGUUGGGAAAUCAUGGGAGAGGAGGAGGAGGAGGAGGAGGAGGAGGAGGCUGGAGCGGAGCAACGCCUGGCUGACACAGUGUCCUUAGAAAGCAUCCCUGACCCUCCAUCUCCCAGUACCCGGCAAGCCUUAAAAGUAGGAGAGCAAAGAGCUCAAAGAUAGAGGGCACGUAGCAGCACCCGUAGAAGUAAAGAAUGAGGAAGUGGAAGAGACGGGGGUGGAGAUUCACUCGGGACAACGCCAUUAUCCAAGAGGCUGGGUUCUGUAGCCUCUCUCUGUAAUAUUGAAAUAAAAAAUGUGGUAAGAAACCUUUCCUUGUCUUUCUACCUUCCUGGACAACUAGCUGGGAGCCGCUGACACCCCCAGGCUGUGCACUUAAAUUCCUUCAGCCAAAUUGCCAUCUUCAUUAUAGAACACAGGAAAGUGUUUCAUACUGAGUCAGACCAUUGGUCUACCUAGCUCAGGAUUGCCUAAACUAAGUGGCAGCAUCUCCUUGGGUUUUCAGACGCGAAGUCUCUCCCAGCCUGAUAAUGCCAGGAAUUGAACCCGGGAGCUUCUGCACGCAAAGCAGAGGCUCUGCCACCAAACUCUAACCCUUCCUCAUGUGCAUUGGAGCAGGAUCAGCACCCAAUCAACAAGAAGCAGAUUUGCAUGCAGAGAACCCCAGGCAACUUUGGUAGGGUUUAAGAAUGGGGAGAAAAGCUAUCCCAAUGCACCAUUUGUCACAGCAAAGAUCACUCCUCUGCAAUGAACAUCAUGGCCUGGUUUCCCUUCCUUCUGGCCCUCACUUAUUGCUCAGGUGAUGAGAGACCCAUUCCUCAUUUCUGUUGGAUGCUAGACUUUCAUUUCUCCUAUCAACUUAUCUGCAGGAAGAUUUGUCAUUGCAUUGUCUUAGACUGGAGUUUGAGCCUUAUUAGUUGAUAUGAUGAGCAGUCUAAUAAGUCAGUGUUCCUCUCUUAGGAAGAGUUGCAUGUAUGUGUUUACCAGUUUAUUUCCACAUCUGUGUAACACCAUGAUUUUUUAAAAAUUCUUCUUCUUUCAGGUUCUGUUGCCGAGUAUGUACUUACACAACCCCCAUCUGCCUCUGUGUCUUUGGGGCAAACUGUGGAACUCACUUGCUCAGGGGAUAAGUUUGAUAGGUACUAUGUGCACUGGUACCAGCAGAGACAUGGCAGUGCCCCUCAACUGGUUAUAUAUGAGGACAGCAUAAGACCUGCCAAUAUUUCAGACCGCUUUUCUGGAGAGAGCUCUGGCGGCACAGCCACCUUAACCAUCACUGAUGUCCAACAGCAAGAUGAGGCUGACUAUUACUGCCAAGUCUGGGACGAAGAUGCUAGCCAGCAAGCACAGUGGCCCCAUCAAAGGAGGAAGUGAGGCAAAAACCUCCUGCUGUCAAAGAGAAAUGUCUAUGUUUGUUAGCUGAGUGCAACAGAAAUACUGUCACCACUCGCAGCUCCCAGUGAUUUGCACUGAGUGGUAUAUUGCCUCUGAUAACGGAGGUAGAAUUUAGCUGUCAUUUUUGUAGCCAUUAAGAGCCUUAUCGUCCCUAAGUCCUUCCACAGAGGGACUACAUUUUUAAAUAUAUCCUAUUUCUUAAAAUAAAAAAGGAAACUCUGCUGAAAGUAUAACAGCAGAAGGAGUAGGCCAGGUUAGAACUCUUCCCUGUAAUAUCUUCGCUUUCUUUUUAAAGCACUAUUUUAAAAAUAAUAUUGGAGCAGCAUUCAAAAAUGGCACAGAUACCUAACUGCAAUCAAAUGUGAAGGUAAAAAUAAAGGACCCCCUGGAUGGUUAAGUCCAGUCAAAGGCAACUAUGGGGUGUGGUGCUCAUCUCACUUUUCAGGCCAACGGGACACCAUGACAGUUCGAAGUUUGGCGGUUUGAAUCCAUGUGAUGGAGUGAGCUCCCAUUUCUCUGUCCCAGCUCCUGCCAACCUAGCACUUAGAAAGCACACCAGUGCAAGUAGAUAAGUAGGUAUCACUGUGGCAGGAAGGUAAAUGGCAUUUCUGUGCCCUCUGGUUUCCAUCACGGUGUCCCGUUGUGCCAAAGCAGUUUGUCCUGCUGGCCACAUGACCCAGAAAGCUGUCUGUGGACAAAGGCUGGCUCCCUCGGCCUGAAAGCAAGAUGAGUGCCACACCCCAUAGUCGCCUUUGACUGGACUUAACUGUCCUGGGGUCCGUUACCUUUUAAAAAAAUAACAACCUAUGGAGCCCUGGCCAAUGGCAAGGGUGAUUAUUACUGUGCAACGACACAUAUGGUGAUGCAGCCUGAUGGGGAACUGAGACAGAAACCUGUAUUUCUCUUCCCUAAGGCAAGAAUAAAUUUAGAAUUGUGUUCACUUAUGAUGCAAACAAACCGUCAAAGUACAGGCACCUCCGCAUUUGCACACGAUUGGCCCAUGCAUGACUGCUGAUGCACAUGCUAUUUUUGGCACUGCAAAGGGGCAGAACAGGGUGGAACAGGUGUUUGGCAUGGCAUGGAAUGGUGCCACACUUGUAGAAUUCAGUGGGGAAAUGUGUUGGUAUUGCAUACUCUUGAGUAAAGGUAAAGGUAAAGGGACCCCUGACCAUUAGGUCCAGUCGUGGCCGACUCUGGGGUUGCGGCGCUCAUCUCGCUUUAUUGGCCGAGGGAGCCGGCGUACAGCUUCCGGGUCAUGUGGCCAGCAGGACUAAGCCGCUUCUGGCGAACCAGAGCAGCGCACGGAAAUGCCGUUUACCUUCCUACUGGAGCGGUACCUAUUUAUCUACUUGCACUUUGACGUGCUUUCGAACUGCUAGGUUGGCAGGAGCAGGGACCGAGCAACGGGAGCUCACCCCGUCGCGGGGAUUCGAACCGCCGACCUUCUGAUCGGCAAGUCCUAGGCUCUGUGGUUUAACCCACAGCGCCACCCGUGUCCCAUUGACUCUUGAAUACCUCCAAGGGAAAAAAUACUGCCUGUACUAAACUUUUGGUGGAGUCAAGAGCUUAAGAAGACACCUGUUGGAUCAGGCCCAAGGCUCAUCCUAGUGUUGCAUCCUGUUCGCACAACCGCCAACCAAAUGUCUAGAGGAUUGACCACAAGCAGUGAUCAAUAUAACCUAAAGUGUCAUGGAAUUCUACUCAGUAUCGAUCCAGAGCAGAUUCCAAGGUAUAGUUAGCAGAGUAACAACUUAAACACAUUGCAGGAUUCCCCCAAAAGUAGACCAGAGGCCACUGUAUUUCAUCCAGCAGAGCUUUACUGCUACUGAAGGCAAAUGAGCAUAAUGGUCACAAAUCCAAAUACAUUCAGAACUGGCACUGUCCAUAAGAAAUCCAGUUGCAGCAGACUAAUUAAACUUAAACUUACAAUAACUGAUAACCCAUUUUUGUCUACUUGAAGAAGCCAUGGUCCGAUCUGAAAAAUACAAAUAUUUAGGAUACAAAACUGUAAAAAUAAAGAAAAAUUAAGUUUGCAAAACAAUAAUUACCAUGUAGUUAGGGUAGAUCAACGUGUCAGUGUCCACUUAUCCCCAGUGUAAAUAUGACAUAUCGGCAAAAGUCGGAAAUUGAAAGGUAGCCAUAGCAUGUACACGAAAAUCAAUUUCAGAUUUGAAAUCAGCAUUGAAAGAACAUAUAAGAACAGUUGAAAAAUCUCAUGCAAAAGAAAAUGGAAAAAAAAAUGUUCCCCAGUACACUGUGUAUCCCAAGGGAAUACAUUUUUUUGCAUACCUCCAACUGUACAUAGAUAUACAUGUCAUUUUCAAUGCUAUACAUGUCACGUUCAAUGCUAUAUAAGUCACUUACACUAAUACUCAUACUUUGGCUAUGUGUUUAAUAAAAUAUUGAAUUCUUGCAUUGUGAAAAACAAGGAUUAUGGUGAAAAGUGAAAAACAUGAAUUGCAAAAAAACCCUAUAGCUUACAGAACAAAACCAACUUCAGAUAUGAAAUCAGCACGUUGACAUUAGGUUAGAACAACUGCAGGUGUCAAUGCAACAAAAAUAGCUCAGGGGCAGAUAAGGGGAAAUAUACAAUAUACAAUGUGACACUAGAUGGCGAUGGUGAGCCUUAUAGAAAAUUCAAUGUAUUUUUUAAAAACUUUUUAAAAAAGAAUUCUCAGAACAUUUGUUAUAUGUGUUUUGAAUCCACCUUAGAUACAAACCUAGGUAAUACAUAUUAGUAACAUAACAAAUACCUGCCUGUCUUUUAUGUUUAAUCUAGCAAGGGCAAGUACACCAAGCAAAGGUUAUUUAUUAUUUAAACUGUAAAAGAGAGUGUCUUGCAUAGUUUUUAUAAAAGUGAAAAGGGAAUUAACUAAAGGGUCAAACAACCUGGGCUCUCUUCCACAUAACACUGCACAUGGGAACUAGAGUUUAAUUCCCACAAGAUGUCCCUCCCAAAGAAAAAGUGUUCACCCUUUAUUUUCUGCAGUGCCAUAGCAUGCCUUUUAUCCCCAGGGGUGGAGAGGAGGGUGUGCUGCGUUUUCAAGGGAAAUGAUUUGAAUGUAGGGCUGGGUCACAAGAUUGAAUAGAUUUAAGAGAGCAGAGAGACGGGUCUGAAGCAGAAACCUCUGUGCCUUAAGGAGGGAGAGCUCCUCUGCGUUCCCAUCAUGCUCUGGGCCUGCCUCUUCCUCACUUAUUUCUCAGGUAGGAGAGAAAAAAGUGUGUUUUUCUUUCUUUCUUCUGAGCGACAGACCAAAGAGGAGUCUAACAUAUCCUGAGAUAAUUUUUCUCUUUCUCUUUCAGGAUCUUUGGCCCAGUAUGUGUUGACGCAGCCCCCAUCAGUGUCCGUGUCUCUGGGACAAGAUGUCCAGAUCCCUUGUUCCGGGAGCAACAUUGGUGGGAAGGAUGUAAACUGGUACCAACAAAAACCCAGCCAGGCCCCUGUACUGUUAAUAUACAGAGACAGUAGGAGGCCUGUUGGGAUCUCGGACCGAUUCUCUGGCACCAACUCCGGCAACCCAGCCAGACUGAGCAUUGCCAGAGCCCAAGCAGAGGAUGAGGCCGAUUAUUACUGUCAGGUGCGGGACAGCAACACACCUCACAGUGACACAGGCAGAUGGGGAAGUGCGACAAAAACCUCUUGCUGAAAAAGGCAGCUGCUAUCAUACUCUGUUUUCAGAAGAGCGACCUUCCAGUGGAAUUGAAUUUUCAUGAAAAGAGGCUUAUUCUCACCUCCAAACCCCCACUUUCCCUAGAAUUACACUUGCUGUUGCCCCUCGCUCCCUCAUUUAAUGAGGGGAAGCAAAUGAAGGGGGUUCACUGAGGUAGAGAAUUUAGCAUAGACUUCAAGUGUGCAUCGGAAAUAGACAGCAGGUCUAUGCCGGGCCACAGAGAGGCUUAUUUUGUCAUUAUUUAGAGCAUUUGUACCCUGCUCUUUGGUCAAAGAGGCUCCCAGAGUGGCUUACAUACAAGCAAUUGAAACCAGACACUCCUUCCCCAUAGGGUAUAAGCUCAGGAAAACCACGACACACAAGGCGAAAGGAACAGGGAGGGCAGAGGAAAAUAUACAUCCAACUCAGGCACCAAUGUCUAAACAGUUGUGCCUAUAAUGACCAGCUGGCCUAGUUUGGGG